CCUCCUCUCCAAAAAGAUGUCAGCAUCCUACUGUCCUUAUUCUCCUGGAGGAAUCCCAUAGUAUAGUCCAGACCAGUGAGUGGAGAACACACCAAAGCGAUUAUACUGUGUUGUUGCCAAAUGCAAAAAAAUGUCAUGUCCGAAUAACUUCCUCAUGGAUUCCUUAAUGGGAGGAUCAUCUUCCUCCUUCAGGGGUGAGGGUUAUUCCAGCAACCCCGGGAUGUACCUCCACACAUCUGCAGCUGCAGAGUACGGAUAUUCAGUGAUGAGAAACAUUGGGAAGGUUGGACCAUCUCCACUCUCCAAAAGAGACGAGCUUCUUCUUCCUCCGAGCAGCUUCCAGGAUGCGCCCUACCUGUCAACACAGCUGGCCACAUGGACUCCUGCAGGCUCCAAAAGCAGUACUAGGGACGAACAACCUGUUGCCCAGCAGUGUUUACAACCCUGCUCCUCGUUUCCAGCGGGCAACGUCAAAGAGGAGGCGUUUUGUUGCCUCUAUCAGGAUCAGGAUGACAGCAAUAAGGGGAAACAACAGACAACAGAGUCGGCCACUUACAUCCGGCUCGGAGACAACAAUAGCUGCAGGGCGGCCGAGCAGAGCGCCUCGUCCAGCGGAUGUUUCCUCCAGGUGUACCGCGGAGAGAGGCCGCUGCAGCAGCAGCAGCAAGAGCACCACGAGUUUCCCUCCGGCUUCUCUCUGACCCACUUGGCGACAUCUGUUGAAUCAGCAUCAGAAUCGACAAUAAGUUGCAGCAAGGAGACAGCGAGAGAGGUCGCAAAGACAGAUGAGAGGAGUCAGAGCAGGAAGGAAGAGAAGGCCAAGAGUGACAGCUGUUCAGAUAACUCGGACGGGGAAUUAAAAGAUGAUUUAUCCGCGGAAAAGACAACGGGAAGCUGGUUAAAAGCCAAAAGUGGAAGGAAGAAGCGGUGUCCCUACACAAAGCACCAGACGCUGGAGCUGGAGAAGGAGUUCUUGUUCAACAUGUAUCUGUCUCGGGAGCGCCGCCUGGAGAUCAGUCGGAGUAUCAACCUGACCGACAGACAGGUCAAGAUCUGGUUCCAAAACAGACGCAUGAAGCUCAAGAAGCUCAGCAGGGAGAGCCGAGAAAGAGGGCACAGUGCAGUUUAUAACUAUUCCUGAAGACAUUUACACAGACAUACACAUACACACCCACACACACACCCACACAUAUUACAGAUACAGACAGACAUGCAUGUGUCAUCUAGUAAUACAUUCACUCAUUAUCAAAUUUUUCUUUCUGCACACACACAUACACACGUCGUGCCUUCCUAUAUGAACUAUAAAAACGCCUCCAGGUGAACACUUGCGUUGGAACAGUGAGAUGCCAUUACCUUUGCAAUGAUAAUUAUACUAUAACAUGAAGCAAACGGAAGGAGGAGGCAAUCUCAAAGUAGUCUAUAAAUAAACUCAUGGCAUGCAAGCAGUUUUUUUUUUUUUUUUACUUUGCUGAGCUAUAUAAUGAAUGUUUUGCCACUUUGUGCAGCUUCUUCGUUUGGUAUAGUCUGUUGCUUCGUGCAAGCGUUUAAUGUGCAUGCACGAGACGAUAUUAAGCCAUAGUCAUGGCAAACGAUUCCAAAAAAACAAUUAAAAAAAAAAAAAAGGAGGGGGAAAAUGGGAAAAAAGGUAUUAGCAACUUUGUCCUUCCUUUCUGGCAUAGUGGUGCAAAUGAGAAGGGAGGGAGAGAGACACUGCAGGAUGAGAGAAGAAGUAGAUCAUGGCAGUUUUAAUAGAAGUGAGAGACCAUAACGUUGAUUUAAAUAUUAUCCAGGUGACCACAGUAAGUCAAGGUCAUAAAAUUCUAAUGUCAGGUUCGCCCUGGAAAGCGUUGGGGGUGGAUUUUAUGAUCUGCAAAUAUAAUGUGCUGCAGCAGUAAAGAUGCGUUUAAAGGUGUGUGUAUGUGGAGGAGGGCUAAUCCACAGCAGAGAGACCGCAAUGUGCAAGGAUCCAGCCGAGGCUGCUGGGCUGGAAGGAGCAAUCCGCCUACCAUCCACCGCCCAGGGAUAAUGGAGCUUCAUGCAUGGGAGCAGGAGAUAAGAAAAGAUGGUGGAUAAAAAAAAGGGACAGCUAUAUACCGCGACUGGAGCUGCAGGAACAAUAAUAACAACAUGGGCAUCAGUGGCAAACACGUGGAUAACUAAACGCACCGGUGGAAGGAAGGCGUCUGCAGGAGGCGACUGAAGGUAGGACCCUUUUUUUUUUUCUUUUUUUUUUUACGUAAUCAAUUUAUUUCCUGUUUUGGAAAAGUAUGCAACAUCUGUCAGAGAGGGAGCUUGCUUGACAGCUCUUGUGGCACGCCUGGUGCACGCCUGCACACGUCGAUAGUUUAUAAGUUGUUGGUGAUCAAAGAGCGUGCUGCUCAUUUCUUUCUUCUCUUAUUUCACUGCGAUCAAAAUGCUGCUGGUGGUUGAAUAUUUUUGCUUUAUGUGUCUAAUUGCUGACUGAUUUUUUA